AUGGAUUUAGACCAUGCACUAAGGGAUGAACAACCUGCACCUCUCACUAAGGAAAGCACCCGUGAUGAGAAAACGGAUUUUGAGAGGUGGGAUCGUUCAAAUCGCAUGAGUUUAAUGAUUAUGAAACACAGCAUUCCAGAAGCAUUUUGGGGCACAGAAUCCGAAGGGAUUAAUAAGGCCAAGAAUUUCCUUGAACAAAUUGAGGAACGUUUUGCUAAAAACGAUAAGGUUGAAAUGACAACACUUCUAGGUUCUUUGAUGACCAUGAAGUAUAAGGGUCAAGGAAAUGUAAGGGAGUACAUUAUGGAAAUGCAUCAUAUUGUCUCAAGACUUAAGACACUUAAGAUCGAGCUUUCUGAUGAUGUGCUUGUGCUUAUGGUUUUGUUAACGCUUCCUGCACAGUUUAACCAAUUUAAAAUUAGUUAUAACUGUCAAAAGGAGAAAUGGACUCUCAAUGAACUCAUUUCUCACUGUGUGCAAGAGGAAGAAAGAGUUGAGCGCCUUGUGUCUGAUGGCAUUUUAGAAUCUCUUGACUUCACAGACUUUGAUGUUUGUGUCGAUUGUAUCAAGGGAAAACAGACCAAACUAAGAGAUUGGGUGCCAACAGAUCUUCAGAUGUCUUAG